AUGCCAUGUGCAGACUGUCAGGUGGAUAAUGGUAGAUUCUACGGAGGGACGACUGCUGUGACCAGUACAGGCAGGACGUGUCAGCGCUGGGACAGUCAGACACCUCACCAGCACACAUGGACCCAUGCGAACCAUCCCACCUCCCGGCUGGAAGAGAAUUACUGCCGGAAUCCGGACCCGACUAACAGAGUUCAACCAUGGUGCCUCACCACGGAUCCUGGUCCAGUUCGGGAGAAGUGUGAAGUGCCCCCAUGUGUCUGUACCAGCAAGACAACAGACGACGGGUACUGGUACCGCUGGGAUUCGCUGCUCAUCACAUCCCCAUACCUCUUCCUGGUACAAGCGGGGUCUGACGUCCACAUAGGGCUGGCAAGUAGCAAUGGGGAUCUGGAUGCGACUUAUGAGUUUGUCAUCGGAGGUUGGGGGAACUUAAGGAGUGCAAUUCGACGCGUUCCCCAAGGCGCAAACAUGAUAAGUCAUACCACUGUAGACAUCCUGUCUCCAACUGAAUAUCGUGCCUUUUGGCUCAUCUGGUCUCCCGAUGGAAGAAUUGCCGUCCAGCGAUUCGGUGAUGACCUACCCUUUCUAGAGUGGACUGACCCCGAUCCUCGGCCAGUGAGCUACAUCGGCUACUCAACCGGGUUCGGACACACUGGACUCUGGCAGCUUUGUGAAGCUAAUGGACAAUGGGGUGCGUGGGGAGGUUGGACCGCCUGCUCGGUACCGUGCGGUUUCGGCCUACAAACGCGCCGGCGUGUGUGCGACAAUCCUAUCCCAGUACCUCCUCUGGGUAAGGCAUGCGAGGGGCAGACAGAGGGUUCUACUCUGUGUUAUGUAUCGGCAGUCUGCUCAGGAGGGAUGGACGUUGCUUCUACUGUCUACAUCCUUCACAUCGGUACUCUGUCAGAAAAGCACGCGAACAUUUCCGUCAGGCUCCAGUACACCUUGACCUGGGGCGAAAGCCGCCUUUACGGCAUCGCGCCGUCGUGGGUUCCCGUGCCGCCGUCCUUGGUCUGGUCCCCGCCGCUCGCCUUCGGACAGUCCGUCCGCCGGGCCACCGCGGAGGAAGAGGCGGACACCUCGAUGUGGCUGGACCCACGCGGACUUGUCGUCUACAAGAUGACACGUUUGCUAACGCUCAGCUGUGUGGCGAAACUGGAGAGAUAUCCACUAGACACACAAGAAUGCCAGGUGGUGCUACAUGCAUACAACGGAAUACGGCUCCGACUGCAGCCGUCUGAGACUGGCCAGAAUGCGCCUAUCAAGGUUGACGCCAGGGGGAUCGUGUCACAGUUUGUGCUGGUGGGGGCUGAGCAGAAGGCAGGCUUCAAAUCUUUCCGUGAGAAUGUCUCGGGUCAGUUUACUCCAAUAUAUGAGAGAGAGGUUUGCUUGUUGAAAGGUAGAAAGAAAUGA